CAGCGACAACGACGCCGCCGAGGUCGACGCGGUCUGCGGCGGGGAGGUCGAUCACUGCGACGUCGGCAAGAUGGAGCACGGGUGCGAGCAUUACCGGCGGAGGUGUAAGAUCGUGGCGCCGUGCUGCAAGCAGGUGUUCCCCUGCCGCCACUGCCACAACGAGGCCACGGUGAGCGGCUGCCCUACUGCUGCCUGUGUCGGGCCCGUCCGCUGCCGAAUCGAGUCCCGCCACCUCGAGCUCCAUCGCGGCCGCAUCGGCGUGAGGAGGCUGCUCCUCGCCGCGCUCGUCGACCUUGGCGCCUUCACCAACAUGCCGCCAUCCGCCGGCAUCGACCCGCUCGCGGCUCCCCUGCCCUCCGCCCGCCGUGCUCCUGCCCGCUCGUUGUUCGCUGUGCCCCUGGUCGCUGCGCAACUCGCCGCGGGCUCAUCUGUGCCGAGGUCCUUCGCGUCACCGUCAUCGCGAGGCGGCCGCUCCUCGCUGAGCACGCGCCGUACGCGGACAGCUGCCAAGGUCGCCGUCAGCAGGGAGACCGCUGGAUCCUUCUCACCUCGCUCAUGUCCUCCCUGAGACGGGCCCCGCUGCCCCAGCGGCCUUCGCCUCCCGGGCAGGCAGCGGCGAGUGCCAGGCAUGCUCCUGCGCCCCUCCCCAUGUACGCGCGUAUGCCCCAAGUUCGACGCCAUCCUUGCCUGCUGCGUGCCCGUGUUCUUCGUGCACGGGUGGCUUUGAAGAAGACGACUCAAGAACGGAGAUACAACGGGACGUUAGCGAAGGUAACUGAAGUGCUAGAAACCAAUAACGUGUGACCUUUCAGUGCUAUAUAGCAAAGAAGUAAUCUUUUAAAGGU